AAUUUUAGUACUUAACCUCACUUUGUCAAAACGUAAACAAACAAUUAAAAAGCCUUAAAACCGCUCAAAUUUUUCUCAAGAAUGCAAUUCUAAGAGUGCGGAAGCGUGAAAUAACCAUGACUCUCAAUUUGACCAAAGAAAAUCGCAUUUAUAAGAAACUUUUUACUCUGAAGCCAGCUCAAAGAGACGGCUUAAUUCUUAACGUGCAUCACACUGACAAAAACGCACAGAAGAUUCGCUUCAUAAACAGCUGUUUUGACAAAACUGGUCAAAUUCUGGCACUGGCCGAUAACGAGGGCAACAUUUUUGUGGUCGAUUUCACCAGUAGGAAAUUCUGGAACAUACCUAAAUUCACAACCAGUUGUGUGAUCGUGAAAUUUUCACGUUUCAAAGAAAGUGAGAUUCUCGUAGGGGCGCAUAGUGGGGCUGUUUACGUGGUUGAGACCCAAACAGGCUCCGUUUGUGGUCAACUGAGGGGUCACGAGUCUCCUGUUAAUUGCAUUUCGUACGGGGAUAACUUCCUGUGUCUCACGGGGUCCACAAGCGAGGCCAUUUUAUGGGACUUGAGGACCAACACCAAGUUGCAAGUGCUGAGUUUGCAACGCAAUUGCUCGCUGAAAUAUGUGUGUUUCAUUCCUGUUUCGUGCAAUAUUUUGACUUGUUUCAACGACGAUGUGAUCCAGAUCUGGCAAUUUGGCUCUUUUGAGAUGAAAACUGAAAUACCCCCAUUGGUGUGGUUCAACCACGAAGUGAAAAACGUCACUUUCACACAGGAUGGUAAAGUAAUGGUGAUUGGUUGUCGUUCACCCCACCUCGCCCUUUUCCUCCUGACUAACUUCAAAUUACUGAAAUUUAUUACCUUGCCCGAGCAUAUUCAGUCCCUGAAACACGUUGAUUUUAUCCCCCAACCCAACGAUGGGGGUGCAAAUAAAAUUCUAGCAGUUUUAUCAGGUCGUGGCACUGUUUUUUUCUACGACAGCGACCAGAAUAUUCUCAUAAGUGAAUUGGUGGCGAAUUAUGAGGUGUCAAAAUACGAUUUUGGUGGUAGUUACAUGUCGUGUGUUUUAUCCUCCGGUGACGUGAAUAUUUACGACGUGGUGCAAUAUGUCGUCGUACCAAUUAAACUGAAGGCUGUGAGGGCCCAAAGUGCGGGAAAAAGUGUCAAAUUGCGGCGAUGUUUGGAGAAAAUGGGUAUUGUUAAGGAGCAGAUUAGGGAAAUUCUCGAGUUGGAGAAACUGAGGAUGAUCCUGAAGGAAUGUGGCGAGUAUCCCGAUUCCCACCGAACGAAAAUCUGGGAACACCUAUUGGUGCUUCCCAACAACAGGGAUCUCUACAACGCCAUCAUCAACCACCGAAUGAUCAUCUCUUUUGAGGAUUUAUGCCGCAAAUACCCCCUUGAAAACAAGAGAAACCUCAAAAACCUCAAACAAUUGCUCGACAAUUUGGUCACGUGGUGUCCCUUCUUCCUCAAUGUCGAAUUUCUACCACUUUUCGUCUUCCCCUUUGUCAAGGUUUUUAUCAACACACCGUUGACAUGUUUCGAGGCCGUUUGCACGAUUAUUUUGAACUGGUGUCAAUUUUGGUUCGAGUACUUCCCCCUGCCUCCGGUCAACGUCCUCGCGAUGGUCGAAAACGUCCUAAUGGUACACGACCCCGAACUUUUGGACUUUUUCACUAAGAAAAAAGUCUCGUCUGAAUUGUACGCGUGGCCUAUUUUGCGAACUGCCUUUUCCGAGGUGUUAACAGCGCCAUCUUGGAAAAUCUUCUGGGACCAUAUUUUGACAAACGAGCCUUCGUUUCUCCUGUGUGGAGUUGUCGCUUAUAACAUUUUACAAAGAACUUCAAUUUUGAGUCUCCGAGAUGAUAAACACUUUAGAUGUUUCUACAAUACUCAUCAUCCGAUCGAUGUUAAGAAAUUACUGGCGAAAAGUUACCACAUUUUGGCCAACACGGGCGAAACCAUGCAUCCGCGCCAAUAUUUGAACAUGUUCAAGAAAAUCAAUUUGGGGGAAUACCCAAAUUUCUGCGAUUAUCCCAAGACCAUGAUCGAGAAGGCGGAGAAAGAGGGCGAGAUGAAGAGAGAGAUGGCGAGUUUGAAAACCGACGAACUUGAUUUGUUUCGUCGCCGAUUGGUCAGUUUGGAACGGUUGCAAAAUAUCGAAGUGGAGGAAGAGGAGAAUAAGCGAAUUUUGGAAAUGGAAAAUGCCAUUCGAAAACAACUGCUGGAGGAGCAGACCCGACUCCAGGAGUACUACGAAAGGGUGGCCAACCUGCGUGACAAAUUCCGCGAAGAAGACAAGGUUUUGGCCUCGUUGAGAACCAAAAUCGCCAAAGAGCAACAAUUAAAAAGCCGCCGGAAGUACUUAUCCUCGAUUAUGGACGAUGUCAGAUUCAGAAAAGGCGAGAAAGAUUACACAUUGACCAAAGUUGAGGAUGAACUCCUCGUCCAUUAUUCCGAAUUGUUGAAAAAUAAGUACAGAAUUGAGAAGUUGUUAAACUCGGAGGAAAUAGCAACAAGCACUAAAAUCCCAAUUGAUGAACAACAACAACAACUGUCGAGCGAAAUUGAUCGUGUCAGGAGGAGUGAAACGCCGCGAAAACAUCUGAAAAUGUUGAAUCUGGCAACAGGGCUUGAAGCCAUGGAUGCGUUAAUAGAAAAAGUUGAAAGUGAGUUGGAGAAACAAAAGAAUGGAAGUGGAAGUGACAGUGAUGCUGAUAGACGAAUUGUGGCGCUGCAAGCGGAGACUAGAGAGUUGGCCUCGAAAAUUAACAAUCUGAUUGAGUUGCUUGCGGGUAUGGAAGUGGGCGAAUAGGGGGUUACAAGUACAAAUUUAAUUUUUUAAGUUGUACCGUUUUUAUUUAUUUUUAUGUUUUAUUUCUGAUCUCGUAUGCACCUGUGAUAUGUCUUUGAACGGCAAUAGAUUUAUAAAAUAUU